AACUACCUCGUUGACUGUCAGACCUCAAAACUUCAAGAUUUUCUCUUCAUUUCUGUAUACAUCUACCUUUUUGCACUUUACCUCUCACGUACCCUCUCGUGAACGCUCUAUAACAAAACCCUUUCGGCAUUGCCGCCCGCAUGCUCAUUUCAGUCACAAGUUAGUCUUAUCGUAUGUAUAAUGAUGUCCCGAGAAUCGAAGAUUCCCAAAAUGCUUUAUAUGUCCUAAUCCUUCAUAGUAUCUACCAACCAUGGAAGGGUUUAGCCCUGGAACCUUUGGUUCUUCACCAUUCCCAUCUUACAAAGACCCCGACAUUGGCAUUAAUUUAUCAAUGGACUAUGGCGGGACUCAAUCUGAUGACUUCGAUGAAGAUCAAAGAGUUAUAUGGAUCUUAGAUCCUAGUAACACUCUAUCCUCAACCGCAAAGAACCAAUUGGGUCAUAGCGACAACAUCAAGAUGGGAAAACCUGAUAAGGACAUCGCUGUAGAACGCAUGGUUUGUCUACGUCUGAAAUGGCAAGACGAUGACGUUCGACCACUCUGCACUGAAUGGAUGCCCGACGGGAGAGCGCGGAGGGAUACCGCACAAUAAUUACUCAAACUUCCUCAACAGCCGCCGGCACUGUCAUCUCAAAAUGUAGCUCUCGAACGAGCUGAAACUUGCCGACUUUUCUUUUGUUCAUUAGAUCUCCUUUUACGGCCCAUGUUUAUGUAUUGGACAUGCUCGUCGAAUUCAGCAUCUUCCAAGCUCGAGAACCACGAGCCAAUUGUUACCUCUUGGUUCUCGACAGUACCAUGCCGGCUUUCAUUUUCUCGCCAUUUUUCCUUUUUAAUUUCAUCCGACUUUAACUUCCGAAGCGAGUUCGUCAGCAUCUUAGUGAUAUCAAACGAGCCACUAGAGAAUUCAGGAUUUUCAAUGCCACGGAGACAUUAUCAUCCUCAUCUUUGCAAGUGUCACACUACAUGGUUAACCAAAAGACACUACAAAGAUUUGGUGUGCUUAAUCAUGGAGGAGUUGCGAAUAA